UUUUUUAAUUUUAAUAUGAGGGUAGCUUUGGUGCAUUCCAUCGAUAUUGGGGUGUGGCGUGCAUUAUAGGAGUGUGGGGGCUGCGAACUUGAAAUCGGACGGUCCGAUUUUGGGGAUAUGUAAUUAGACGGUCCGAUUACUGGCGUGGAUGGUGAACAAAUCAGACCGUCCGAUUUGCGCACCAUAGCCACACGUCGAGCAUGCACGAACCCAGGGAGUGGACCCUUCUCACAUUGGAGUAAAACCCUAGUCUUCCAUCCAGUGCUCCACUUCGUUCCUAUCUCACUCUCAGUCCCUUCUAUCUCUUUCAAAGGCUUAUUUUCUUUCUUCCAUUGAAGCUUCAGCAGCAAAAAAAUUCAAGGAGGGGGACCAAGUUGAACAAUGCCAAGGAGAUGAAGAACAAAAGAUGUUAAUCGUCCAGAGUUACAUAUUGUUAAUUAUCUUGAUCAACCUAGUUAUGGUUCACGAAUGUUAAUAUGCGAUCAUUAUAUGCCACCGGAUCCAUAUAAUCCAAUUGUGGAGGGGCAUUUGCGGGAGACUGGAUUUUAUUACGUUUCGCAGAUUGGAGUUGUCCAAUGUCAAUCGGCAUUAAUUAAUGCUCUGAUCGAGAGAUGGCGGCCCGAGACUCAUACUUUUCAUUUUCCAAUUGGCGAGUGUUCCAUGACGUUGGAGGAAGUGGCGGUAAUUUUUGGGCUUCCGACAAAUGGUCUUCCAGUUACAGGACCGACUAUGAGUAGUUAUGAGGCGUUAGAGGUCGAAUGCCUCCAUCAUUUUGGUGUUGCACCCAGGAAGACAGAAUGUAGAGGAAGUUUUAUAAAAUUGACUUGGUUUCGGAGACUAAAAGAACAUAUAGUCUUAGAUAAUGAUAUUCAGGUUCAGAGGUAUGUAAAGUGCCACAUAAUGUUAUUAUUUGGGACCAUUAUGUUUGGAGACAAGUCUGCGGCAGGAGUGCACUGGAAAUUUCUGCCGUUGCUCCGAAACUUCGGCGGGAUCAGAGAAUUUAGUUGGGGUUCGGCAUGUUUGGCGCACUUGUAUAGAGCAUUGUGUAGGGCUACUCGUGUCGACUGCAAGGAGAUUGAUGGACCGCUGACCCUUCUGCUUACCUGGGCUUGGAUUCGUUUACCAUUUCUCUCGCCUAUACUAGGCAAUCCUCGAGUCUUUCCGCUUGCUAAUAGAUGGCGUAAUUGGGACCGUGAUGAACGGGCUUAUAGAUUUCAAUCUCUGGCGCACUAUAGGAGGGUAUUGGACGAUCUGCAGGAUGGACAAGUAUGUGAUAUUCAGUUGUCUUUAUAUUUUUCAUUAGAAGUAUUAUUAUCUGGUGUGUAAUACUCUGUUAUCUUCAAUGUGUUCAGUUUGUUUGGGAGGCUUAUGCAGUUGAGCGCAUUGAGGCGGGUCUGAUUCCGGCUGACAUCCUCCACCACUCGAUUAUUUGGAGUGCAACCGUGCCGCUGAUCUCAUUUGAAUGCAUUGAGUGGCAUGCGUCUGAUAGGUUGAGGAGACAGUUUGGUUUGAGUCAGGAUGUGCCUCAUCAAGAGCAGGACCUAGGUCAUGCACAUGCCUCCCUAGAACUAAAUUCCAUUCCCACCAUAAAUUCACCAUCCGCUACAACAGGAA